AUGGUCACUCACUGGGAACUGCAAAACUCAGAUGCGGCUACUCAAAGCAGUGAAGAAGAUGAAGGAUUGACAGCUGGGAUUUCAAGAAGGAGAUCGCCUCUCAACGGCCUCGGGAGUGCCAGAAGGAACAGAAAACCCCGCACCCUGGAGCUUUCGACCGUUAUCCUGUCAGACACCCAAAGCGAAGAAAUAGUCGAUGAUGGCGGAAUAUUCAGUGAUGGAGAGACGACAUAUCUGCAAUUCAAAAAUAGCAGAAAGCGGAAACGGGCUGUUGGGCAGAAACGGAAAACCAAACCCCCACUGAAAGGGUCUGGUGUUGGCCGCCGCGAGAAACGGGGUGGAACUGCCAAUGAAGGGCCUACUCAGAAGAAACGGCGCCAGAUGAAGAACUACGGCGAAGUAUCUUCUGAAGACGAAAUGAUGGAAGAUGGCCUACCGGAUUAUUUGCAAAAGCGCCGCUCUCAAUUUGACAAGAGGAGAGAACGACUCUUGGAGGCGGGGCUGAAGCUGCCACCUGACUAUGAGGACGUGAAUUUUUCGGAUGAUGAGCGUCUGGAAUACCUGAAAGAAAAGCCUGCAUUUAGCGAAAUCAAACCCUGCCGGAAGUAUGAGGAUAUACCACUUCCGUAUUCACUAGGGCUAAUACCUGCUCCCAUCGCGCAAUGGCUACGAGACUAUCAGGUCGAAGGUACGAGCUUUCUUCAUGAGCUGUUUGUCUAUCAAAAGGGAGGCAUUCUCGGUGAUGACAUGGGCCUGGGCAAAACGGUGCAAGUGAUCGCCUUCCUAACUGCUGCUUAUGGUAAAACUGGCGAUGAAAGGGACGCCAAACGUAUGCGCAAAAUGAGGCGAAGAGGCGGUAACCCUUGGUAUCCAAGAACUUUGAUUAUAUGCCCGGGUACUCUGAUCCAAAAUUGGAAGUCUGAGCUUGACUGCUGGGGGUGGUGGUACGUUGAGGUGUACCACGGAGACUCAAAGGACGAGGCAUUGCGGUCGGCUGCAUCUGGUAGGGUCGAGAUUUUGAUCACUACGUAUACUACCUACCGCAUGAAUAAAGAUGCACUGAAUAUGGUGGAAUGGGACUGUGUGGUUGCCGACGAAUGCCAUCUCAUGAAAGAGCGCAAGUCCGAAACUGCAAAAUCGAUGCAUGAACUGAACGCUUUGUGCCGGAUUGGUCUCACUGGCACCGCUAUUCAGAACAAAUACGAAGAGCUGUGGACUCUCUUGAAUUGGUCAAAUCCGGGCAGAUUUGGACCGGUGUCCACAUGGAAAACCACAAUCUCCGAUCCAUUGAAGAUCGGCCAGUCUCAUGAUGCGACAGUUUAUCAGCUCAGCAAAGCCAGGAAAACAGCGAAGAAAUUAGUCAAAAACCUCCUUCCGGCCUUUUUUCUCCGACGCAUGAAAGCCCUUAUUGCUGAUCAGCUUCCGAAGAAAAGCGACCUUGUUGUGUUCUGUCCGCUCACCGACACCCAGGUUGAUGCGUAUGAGAACUUGCUCGACAGCGACAUUGUGGAAUACAUCAAGAUGUCUUCCGACCCAUGCCCAUGUGGUUCAGGGAAAAAGUCGGGAUGGUGCUGUUUUACGACAGUACCCAAUGGCGGGCGAUGGCAGAAUUAUGUUUUCCCUACGAUCUCUAACCUACAGAAGUUAUGCAAUCAUCUUGCAACCCUUAUUCCACAGCCAACUGACCCGGAUGAAAAGCAGGAAAGAGAUCUUCGUAUGUUAGAGGUCGCGGUUCCGGACCAAUGGCGCGAGUUAUACCGCACUCGAGGAUCCAUCCUGAAUUAUUCGAAUCCCGAGUUUUGCGGGAAAUGGAAAGUUCUCAAGAAACUGCUCAAGUGGUGGCAUUCGCAUGGUGACAAGGUUCUCGUCUUCUCUCACAGCGUUCGGCUAUUGAAAAUGUUGCAGCUGCUGUUCAACCAUACCAGCUAUAAUGUCAGUUAUCUGGAUGGUGCAAUGAGCUAUGAAGAUAGAGCCAAAGUGGUGAACGAUUUCAAUGCAGACCCCAGGCAGUUUGUUUUUCUUAUAUCGACCAAAGCCGGUGGAGUUGGCCUUAAUAUCACUUCGGCGAACAAGGUCGUUGUUGUCGAUCCGAAUUGGAACCCUUCGCACGACCUACAAGCGCAAGAUCGUGCAUAUCGUAUCGGCCAGCUAAGGGACGUCGAGGUUUUUCGCUUAGUAUCCGCUGGUACUAUUGAAGAAAUUGUCUAUGCGCGACAAAUAUACAAGCAGCAACAAGCAAAUAUCGGCUAUAAUGCGAGCACUGAACGACGCUAUUUCAAGGGAGUGCAAGAAAAGAAAAGAUCGAAAGGGCGAGAUUUUUGGUCUCUGCAAUUGUUUGAGUAUCGAAACAAUAUAUGUGUUGAGAGACAUACUCGACACGAUCCCAUCCAAGCUAUCCUUGCUAGUGCAGGCGUGGAAUACACCCAUGAAAAUUCUGAAAUCAUUGGCCCUUCAAAGAUUGAAGAGCAACUCAGCCGUCGUGCUGAAAUGGCAGACGACGGCGGUGAUUUUGGUAGAGAGCAAGUAUUCCAAGGCUCCCAGGGCUUAACUAUACUCUCAGCGGAAACCAAAGGUGGAAAGAUGGUUAAAUUCAAGUAUCAUCCACCUAACGACGUUAUGAGAAGGCAGUUCUGCAGCAUGGCGAGGGACAGUGGAUAUGAAAAUGCCACAGAGUUUGCGUUAGUGGUAGAGGGGAUGACGCAGGCUGAAAGACGGGCCUGGCUGGAGAAAUGGUACAAAGGCCGGCGGGAGAUUUUAUUGAGAGAUGAAGCGCAUAUCGUCAACUCGCCAAAGAUUGAGAUAAAGACCAAAGAUGGAUCGGACGAAACCAAAAUCAAAGAGGAGUCACUUGCCGGUGCACACCACAGUCUAGCAGCAGGAUGA